AUGGUUGAUGAUUUGUGGGAAGAAUUGAAGUUGAAAGAUGAAGAGUUGCAUAAUUUGAAAGAAUUUUCUGAUAAAGAGAUUUACAAGUUGAAAGCUCAAAUUGAGGAAAGUAAGGCCAGAUUGAAUAUUCAUAUUCCAAAACGUGUUUGCAAGAUUACGAAUUUGGCGGAAGAGCUAGAGAUAUCAGAAGAUGAAAAUGCAGUUUUAAGGAAGGAGGUUGAGAGUAAGUCAUGUGAGACUAAUGAAUUGCAAGAUAAGCUUAUAGAGGCAGAAGAAUAUAUAGCUGAAUCAGAUUUUGAGUUAGUUUCAGGGAGAAAGCAUAUUCAAAUACUAGAAAAGUUGGUUAGAAUCUAUGAGCAAGAGGUGCAAAAGUUGAAGUCUGAAAUGCUUGAUUCACUGGAUACGUUUUCUUUAGAGAAAGAUGAGUUGCAUUUUGAUAUUGCAAGUUUGUUAAAAACAAAAAUAGAACUGACCUCUACAUUGGCCGAUUGCGAGUUUAGAAACAAUGAAUUAGAAAGCAAAUUAAAGCAAUAUGAAGCUGAAAAAGUAAUUUUGCAUGAUGAAAACGGAUAUUUGUGGGAAGAACUUGACAAGAGAACACAAGAUGUAGAAGCUGUGAAUAUGGAGCUGUACAUGGUAAUGAUCGAAAGAGAUGAAGCCAAUGUCAAGAUUGAUAGGCUUGAGGUUGAGAUAUGCAACCAAAAGUUUCAACUAUUUAAUAUGAAUAAGUAA